CAAAGAGUGCAAGAAAACCGAAACAUGCCAUGGCAGAGUGUAAGGAACAGUGUUUGUCAAUUUGCAUGUUGUUUCUACAAAGAGAUUUCUUCUCGUGAAAACAAUCGGAAUGUUUUUUUCUCUCCUUUGAGCAUCUCUACCGCCUUUGCAAUGCUGACUCUGGGUGCCAGGUCAGACACCCUGACACAGAUUCUUAGGGUCCUUUGCUUUAACCCACGUCAGAUUUCUGAAAAUGACAUACAUGAAGGUUAUCGUCAACUCAUGCAAAUGGUAAACAGAAGGAAUGGGGGGUUACAGCUGAAUAUGGGAAAUGUUCUGUUUGUGCUUGAUCAACUGAAGCCACAAGAAAAAUUUUUAAGUAAUCUCAGAAACUUCUAUGAAGGAGAAGCUUAUCCUAUGAACUUCAAGAAGGCUGAUCAAGCCCAGCUUAAGAUCAAUGAAUAUGUAGCAAGAAGAACAAAUGGAAAAAUCAAGGACCUCAUAAAUAACCUAGAUCCACUCACUGAAAUUCUCCUUAUUAGCUAUAUUUAUUUUAACGCUGAAUGGGAAAAGCCUUUUGAUCCAAAGUACACUAAAAUGAGCAAAUUUUUUGUGGAUGGGAGCAAGGCAGUUGAAGUCCCAAUGAUGUUUGGAAUGGGCCUGUUCAAGCAUGGCUAUGAUGAGCAGCUGUCUUCCACUAUUGUGCAAAUGGAUUACAAAGGAGGUGCUUCAGCAUUUUUUAUUCUGCCUGAUAGAGGAAGAAUGAGGAAGCUGGAGAAAAGAUUGUCUUGUGAACGUUUGUCCAGGUGGAGGACAUUAGUCACAAAAAGCUCAGUAAAUUUGUAUCUUCCGAAAUUCACGCUUUAUGGGACAUACAACCUAAAAGAUAUCUUAUAUAAAAUGGGAAUCAUGGAUCUAUUUACUGAUAAGGCUGACCUUUCUGGGAUCACUGGGCAGCCCCAGCACAGAAUUUCCCAGGCUGUUCAUAAGGCUGUGGUAAAGGUGGAUGAGACUGGCACCGAAGCAGCAGCUGCCACAGGCAUGGAAAUAGUGCCUAUGUCCGUUCCAGUUACUGUUAGAUUCGACAGGCCCUUCCUAAUGGUCAUAACUGUAGAGAACACUAUCCUCUUCAUGGGAAAAAUUGUGAACCCUCUGAAUGAGACUCUUCAUCAAUUUGUCAUAGUUGCAUGUUUGUUCUGGGACAAAAUUGGCCUGUGUGAUACUGACAGCAUAGAUACAUCUUCUAGGAGGGAAGAUGAGGAGCAUUUUGAAAAGAAGAUGAAGUGUCUCCUGUGCCUGUGUUUACUCCUUGCUGUUCUUUGUGCUGUAAUCCAUUGCUGCCCUGAAGACAUUUGCCAUGAAGCCAACAAUACUAAUCUGCAGGAUGGAAGAGAAAAUUUAUUAACAUUCAGCUGUUACAAGAAAGGCUCUAACUAUGCAGAUUUUGUAUUUAGAUUUUACAAGGAGGCUGCAUCAAAAGAAGUUGAUAAAAAUGUUUUCUUUUCUCCCAUAAGCAUCUCCACUGCCUUUGCCAUGCUGGCUGUUGGUGCUAAAUCAACCACUCUGUCUGAGAUUCUUGAAGGCCUGGGCUUUGAUGACCUGACUGAGACUAGCGUACGUGAUGUACAUGAAAGUUUUCACAAAGUUUUGUCAGUACUGAACUGUACUGGUGUUAAUUUCACAUUGAAUAUAGGGAAUGCCCUUUUUACAGCUAAUGGGUAUGAACCACAUGACUCAUUUUUACAAAAUGCCACAGAAUUUUAUGAUGUAGAUUUUUACUCUAGUGAUUUUCAUAAACCAGAAGAAGCUACAAAGCAAAUCAAUAAAUAUGUAGAGGAGAAAACCAAGGGGAAAAUUCCUGAAUUAGUUGGUCAUCUUGAUCCAAGUACUGUACUGGUUCUUGUUAACUAUAUUUAUUUUAAAGCUGCCUGGGAAAAGUCUUUUGAUCCUUUGCAUACAUAUGAGGAUGAUUUUUUUGUGAACACAAAUGCAUCUGUUAGAGUCAAUAUGAUGCAGCGUGAUGGUACCUCAAACACUUACUAUGACCAGGAUCUCUCCUGUAUGGUGGUAGAGCUGCCUUACCAGGGAUUUGUACGAGCAUUGCUUAUUCUGCCUGGUGACGGAAAGAUGAAGCAAGUGGAAGAUGCUCUCUCCAAGGAAACUGUUUGUAAAUGGCAGAGCAAACUUGUGACCAGGAGAUUAAAUCUGCAGUUACCAAAGUUUUCUAUUAGUGGAUCUUAUGAUGUUAAAACCGUGUUUGAGCAGAUGGGAAUUACUGAAUUGUUCUCAGGUAAUGCUGAUCUGUCUGGAAUUAGCAGCAAUCAUGAUCUCCAGGUUUCACAGGCAGUUCACAAAGCCUUGCUGGAAGUUGAUGAGGCUGGCACUGAAGCUGUAGGAGGCACUGCCAUAAUCUCUACCAGAUUUUCCUAUUCUUCUGAAACCAUCAAAUUCAACAGGCCCUUCCUUAUUUUGAUCUCUGACAAACAAACCAGCACCACAUUUUUCAUGGGGAAAAUUGUUGAUCCUACGAAGAAGUAAUCACUGGGUUAUUUGGCAUACUGAUAUUGGGUAUGGGUUAUAAUGGCUAGAGUGUUUGCAGUUUUGGGCUAGGUAGUGCUGCUAACUAGUCUCUGAUUGAGGGAUAUUCAGAAGUAAAUGAGAAAUUUCCUUAUUGAAUUAAUAAGAAAAAGAAUUGUAAAACAUCACCCUUAACUGCCACUUUUUAAAUGUAACAUGUUCCCCAGCUGAAUAAUUGUAUUGGGUUUGCACAGCAAGGUUUUGGUAGUGGGGGCCUGUGCGGGCCUAUGGGGGUGACUUCAAGCUGCCAGAAGUUUCCCCCAUAUCUGACAGAGCCACUGCCAGCCAGCUCCAAGAUGGAUCUGUGGCUGCUGAAGGCUGAGCCAGUCAGGAAUGAUAGUAACACCUCUGUGGUAACAUAUUUGAGAAGGG